UAUACCCUCGUCUCUUGUUCGUGAGCUGGUAUCUAUUUUGUACCCUUUAUUCUCUUCUUGAAGACGAGAAUACCAUGGCUGACCUCGGUCUUGAAUUCUGCUGUGGACUUUGCUGUAUUUGCUGCACUCAGACUAUGCAGCAGUGGUGCUUUUUCGUCAAGUGUUGCAAACCGAGAAUGAGCGACGAGGAGUUUGAGGAUGCUGCAGCUGUCCACGAGCGGCGGGCAGAGUCGAUGAACUUUGCCGCACGCAAUCCAAGCAAUGCGGAGCUCAAGGAUCUCGGUACUAGUGGUGAUGGGGACCCCGGGGCGGUGGUAAAUACCCAGCCGAAAACGUCGCGGUCGAUGGACCUGGAACAGAAUGCUGCUACAAACACAUCUUCCACGCAAAGGCCACGUUGAGGAACCGAAGACAGACAACGAAAACGAACACUCUUUUGCAUACUACACUCACUUCC